AUGGAUUUACUAAAAACAAAUCCCCUUUACCUUGGUGGUGCGCUUUACGUCUAUGCCGGCCUCACAAACCCACUGUCGAACAUUCCAGGGCCAUGGUAUACCAGGUUUACGACACUACCAUCGACGUUCAAGGUCAUCACCGCACACCAUCCAGAUUGGAUCCAUGAUCUCCACGCCAAGUACGGGCCGGUGGUGCGAUACAGUCCACACGAGGUCGACAUUUCUGAUCCAACAACAUGCCAACGGAUUCACAGUGUCAAGACCAAUUUCUUCAAGUCGCCAUUCUACUCUUUGCUCAUUACAGACUCCUCUAGCGUCUUCAACGAGAUCCGUCCCGAGAUCCACCGCAAGUACAAGCGCCUGUUGUCGAACCCCAUGUCGGAGACUGGCUUGAAGACGUUCCUCCCUCGCAUUGACAGCAAGGUUCGCUUGGCCAUUCAGCGUAUUAGUGACGAGAACAAGGCCCGAGGCGCGGCGGACAUUGCAAAGUGGUUCAUGUUUCUUUCCUUUGACGUGAUUGGCGACCUGGCCUUUGGCGAGUCCUUUGGCAACCUGGAAAGCGGCAAGAAGAAUCGAUCUGUCAACGAUUUCAUCAGUCUUGGUUUUGUCGGCGGCCUACGGUCCAUGUUCCCAACCAUCGCCAAAAUCUCACUCUACCUCCCGAUCCCCGUCUUCAAAGAGGCUACCGCCAUCCAAUACCGCACCUUUGACUACGCCCAGGGCGCUCUGGAUCGCCACGCCAAGCGCGUCGAAGAGACCGGAUCAGACCCGAACCCGACCGUCUUCUCCAAGCUGUACAAUGCCGGCGAGGAGGAGACCUGGAACCCCAUCGAGAUCCGCGACAACGCCCAGGUGUUCAUCGUCGGCGGCAGCGACACCACCGCCAACUCAAUGAUCUAUCUGGUCUGGGCGGUGUGCAAGAUCCCAGAGAUCAAGGCCAAGCUCAUGAAGGAGCUCGACGCCCUGCCGGACAAUUAUUCUUACGAACAGCUCAAGGAGCUGACGUAUGUAAAUUGGAUUGUCAACGAGACCCUGCGGCUCUAUACGGCGCUGCCGUGCGGGCUUCCGAGGCUGGUGCCGCCGGGCGGCGCGGAACUCGCGGGGCAGUUUAUUCCCGAGGGAUUCACUGUCACGACUCAGGCGUACAGCCUUCACCGGGAUGAACAUGCGUUCCCGGACCCGUAUCGAUUCUACCCCGAGAGAUGGGAACACACUACACAAGAAAUGAAAGACUGCACCAUGCCGUUUGGCGGAGGUGCCAGAACAUGCUUGGGGAGACACCUGGCACGCAUAGAGCUCCGUCUGAUUACAGCCAGGUUCUUCAAAGCCUUUCCAAAAGCAGUCGUAUCUGAAAUGGAAGGGAUGUGCGACAAGGAUAUGGAGCCGGCGUUGCAUUUCCUCAUGGUUCCCAGUGGUCAUCGAUGUUUGAUAAAGCUCAACGGUUGA